CAAUACUUCGCAGUGGUCAGAAGGAACGCUAAUAUUUGGGGGUUAGAUACGAUUAUUUAUCCUACUAUUGCUCGCAUAGAUCUUCAAAUUCAAGAUCAAAUGUAAGCGUGUAGUUCCAAGCAAGUACUUCCCAAAUAUUGGUCACACAUUUAUUAUAUUUCCUAUUGCAUGGAUAACGUUUGCUCGGACAAACGUACAUUUUUUCAGACUCCCAGCUUCAGGCAAGAAAGGAUGACUCCACUCCAGCCCUUCUUCUUGUUCCUGCUGCUGCUGCCGCCUCUGGCCUCAACACUGGAGCCUCGCAGAUUCCUGCCUUAUGACAGUGACAAUACUCACACGUUUCAUGAGGAGGGAGUGUUCGACUACUCCACCAUGCUGCUGAGGGAGGACCUGGACCUGCUGGUGGUGGGUGCCAGCGGGAUGCUGUACGCCCUCCACCUCAAUGACAUCUCCAAGAAAAACGACUCAGUGAAAUGGGAUGUGACACCGCAGCAGGUCUUGAAGUGUGAAGAUCCAAGGUUCCAUGUAGCUACUUACUGCAGGAACCAGAUCAAGACCCUCCUGAAAACUCAGGACGACCGGAUGUUAGUGUGUGGAACCAAUGCACUGGCUCCACGGUGUGAUCACAUGUCAUACGUGGAUGGGAAGUUGACUCUUGAGGGGAAAGAAGAGAGUGGAGAAUUCAAGUGUCCAUCUGAUCCUUCUGAGAGCUCUGCCUCACUCAUGAUCGGAGACGAUGUGUACUCAGCCACUGAAUCUGUCUUUUCACGAAGUCCUCCAAACUUUGUGCGGACAUUAGAAAACAAAGACACUUUCACUGAUCCCAAAUUUGUGGCCAUGGAGAUGAUGCCUGAGAGUGAAAACAGUGACACUGGAGAUGAUGACAAGAUCUACCUGUUCUUCAGUGAGAAAGAUGUGGAGUAUGAAACCUACAAACCCAUACUUAGCCGCGUGGCUCGAGUCUGCAAGGGAGACCUUGGAGGUGUGCGUUCUUUCCAUCAAAGAUGGACAUCCUUUGUUAAGGCCAGACUACAAUGUCCUGAUCCAGGGUCCAAACGGCCUUAUAUAAUCCAGGACAGCUACCGCUGGUGUGACCCCCAACAAGACUGGAAGUCAUGUCUGUUCUUUACUGUCUUCACGUCAUCACCAGGCUCAGCAGUGUGUGUCUACAGUGUGACUGACAUCAGCAGAGAGUUUUCCGAGGGACAAUUUAUGACCAGAGUCGGCAUUAAAUGGCAACCAUACAAUGACUCAUUGCCAGUGCCUCGACCAGGCUCGUGCAUCGAUUAUGCAGCACGGAAGGCUGGCAUCAAUCAGAGUUUGCUCCUCCCACCCGAGACCCUUGAGCUUAUGAAGAAGAAUCUCAUCAUGGAAGACAUCCAGCCAGUAGGAGGGAAAGCAUCACUGGUGACACAGAGAGGGGAAUUCACACGCAUCAUCGUCGACCAGGUUCAGACGACAGAUGGUGACAGCCAUCAUGUGAUGUUCAUCGGCACAAAGAAAGGAACCAUCCUUAAAGCAGUCAACUACGAUGGAGAGAUGUUCAUCAUCCAAGAAGUUCAAGUCUUUAAGACCCCGGAGCCGAUCAAGAUUCUCAAGUUCUCCAGCGUCAGGCGUCAGAUCUACGCAGGCUCAGACUCUGGAGUCGUGCAGGUGUCAGCGUCCUCCUGUGGAAGAUCUUUGUCUUGUGUGGACUGUGUUCUUGCCAGAGACCCUUACUGUGGCUGGGACCAGGCUGCUGGCCGAUGUACUGCUCUGUCUGCUGCACCCAGUCUCCUGCUCCAGAGUGUUAAAGAAGGCAACGCCUGUCUGUGUCCCAAAACUGACGUAUUCGUUUUCUGCCUAGACGCAUUUCAUCGCGCAUUUCACGAGGAGGGAGUGUUCAACUACUCCACCAUGCUGCUGAGGGAGGACCUGGACCUGCUGGUGGUGGGUGCCAGCGGGAUGCUGUACGCCCUCCACCUCGAUGACAUCUCCAAGAAAAACGACUCGGUGGAAUGGAACGUGACACCGGAGCAAGUCACCAAUUGUGUAUGGAAAGGAAAAAAUGGAGCAAUUGACUGCAGAAACCAGAUUAAAACUCUGUUGAAACGACAAGACAACAGGAUGUAUGUAUGUGGAACCAACGCCUUCAACCCAAAAUGUGAUUAUAUGGCAUAUGAGGAUGGAAAGUUGACUCUUGAGAAUAAGAGAGAGUCUGGAGUGGGGAGGGUCCCAUAUGAUCCCUUCGAGAGGUCUACUGCGAUCAUGCUCGAAAAUGAUCUCUACUCUGCAACAUCAGUGAAUUUUCGAGCGACUCAAAAGGUCCUGGUACGACGUUCUCAAACCCUCAUGCGAACUGAUGAUAGAAGAUCCUGGUUCUAUGACCCUGAUUUUGUUUCCCUGGAGAUGAUACCUGAGAGUGAAAACAGUGACACUGGAGAUGAUGACAAGAUCUACCUGUUCUUCACUGAGACAGCUGUGGAGUAUGACAGCUACAAAGACGUGCUUGUUAGCCGCGUGGCUCGAGUCUGCAAGGGUGACCGUGGAGGUGCAAGGACUUUGCAAGACAAAUGGACAUCUUUCAUCAAGGCCAGACUAGAAUGUCCAGUUCUGGAUUCCAAGUUGCCAUACGUUAUCCAGGACAGCUAUCGCUGGUGUGACCCCCAACAAGACUGGAAGUCAUGUCUGUUCUUUGCUGUCUUCACAUCACAGACUCCGCCAACAGACAUGUCAGCUGUAUGUGUUUACCAAGUGCCGGACGUCAGCAGAGUAUUUGCUGAAGGACAAUUCAUGACUGAAGAAGUGGUGGGGGGGAUAGAUUUGAAAUGGUUUAAGCAUCACAAGGAAUUGCCAGUACCUCGGCCUGGUGCGUGCAUAGAUAAUGCAGCACGUAAAGCCGGCUUCGUUCAGAGUCUCGACCUUCCCGACUCCACUCUAAUGUUCAUUCAGAAACAUCCACUGAUCGGUGACCCGGUGAGGCCAGUCGGACAGAAAGCUUUGCUGUUUAUAAAGGGAGUCAACUUCACACGCAUCAUCGUCGACCAAGUUCAGUCUGCAGAUGGCGACAGCCAUUAUGUGAUGUUCAUCGGCACAGAAAGAGGAACCAUCAUGAAAGCAGUCAACUACGAUGGAGAGAUGAUCAUCAUCGAAGAAGUUCAAGUCUUCAAGCGUUCGGAGCCUGUCAAGAUUCUCAAGUUCUCCAACGUCACGCGUCAGAUCUACGCAGGCUCAGACUCUGGAGUCGUGCAGGUGUCAGCGUCCUCCUGUGGAAGAUCUUUGUCUUGCGUGGACUGUGUUCUUGCCAGAGACCCUUACUGUGGCUGGGACCAAGCUGCUGGCCGAUGUACUGCUCUGUCUGCUGCACCCAGUCUCCUGCUCCAGAGUGUUAAAGAAGGCAACGCCUCUCUGUGUCCCAAAACUGAAGUCCCAACUGAGAAGAAAUCCCUCGCUGCUCCUGGGUAUCUGAAGCUUCUCUGCUCUUCAGAAUCAAAGCUGGCUACAAUCAGGUGGGAGAAAGAUCAUUCUCCACUGGUCUCUUCACCUCGUCGUCUGGAGCUAGAAGAUGGACUGUUCAUCCUGAAUGUCUCAAAGUCUGACGCUGGUCUCUACCGCUGCCUCUCUGUGGGGAGGUCCAGAGAGGAUGAAUACAUAACUGUAAUUGCCCAGUACAAUGUUACCAUGGAGGAAGAAACCAGAGAAGCUCAGGUUGAGCCGUUCAAUUACCCUGUCCUUGCUCAGCAGAUUGGGUUGGUGCUGGCCGUCUGCGCUUUUUAUGGGCUUCUUGUUUGGAACUUCUACAAAGGUCACUUACGUGUUCCUUGUAAGUGCAAAAGACAGAGACACAGAGUGGAUCAGGAAUCUCAUGUUUGCACCAAUAGCAAGGAUCAGCCAGAAAAUGAAGAAAAUUAGAUUUCCACUGAAACAUUAAUCACCCUAGGUGACCACGCUGACUCACAUCACUCUUAUGUUGACGCUUGAAAUGCCUUUAAUUUACCUCACGACAUCUCUAGGCAGCAUGAUUUAGAUUAGAUUGAUAUAUGUAUAUAUAUAUAUAUAUUUUUUUUUUUCUUCUAUUUUUCUUUAGUUGUAGCCAUGAAUACCGUGACAUUAGUCUUGUUUUUGUUCAACGUCAGAAUGCUAAUACUCCAAAGAUACAUCUAUAUUUGUCUCAUGAUAGUGGGAAAAUUAACAAAAUUAUAUGACAUUGCAUCAUUACUUUUACCGAACUAUGCUGUAUAUUGUGAAUAUCAAAUACAUAUUGCUAUUAUUGUCAAUAAAUAACACCACUGUCUGGUCUGA